UGUCAAGCAAUUAAGCAAUGCAGAAACAAACAAAGAAAUGCAGGCAAGCAGUUUUUUUUUCUUUUCUCGAAAAAUAUUCGGAUGGCGUAUGCUUGCCUUGGAUCCGAAUAGAUGAGAAAGAGUGAGCAAAAUUCCCAAGAAAAGUAAAGCAAUAAACAAAAUUAUUCGUCCAUAAGCAGUGCGACUGAAUAAUUUCUGUCAAUCAAGCAGUAAUAAAAGAAAUAAUAAUGAACAUGAUUGUCAACUUCGUAUGCUGCGAUGGAAAAAAAUCAGUUUCAAAUUUCAAACGACAAUCGAGCUGAUUGUUUAAACAUAUGCACAAAUAAUCGAAGCUGAAAACAGAUGCCCAUAUGACCAAGCAGGCCAUGGAAUGAGCAUCUAGACUAAACAAUGUAAUUUUGAGAUACGACAAAAUUCGUUGGUGCAAGCGGCACAAUGUGCUCGUUGUAUUCAAUAAGUAGGGCAAGCAAACACCGUGAACGACCGAGUAGAAGAAGUGCAAAUACAUGAAAAUACAUGUAAACACCAUAAAGCAAAAUGCUACAACGUUGCGAAUCAUUCUAAUGAAGCCUGUAAGAAUGUAUAAGUAGUCGAGAAUAUUCGAUAACGCAUUCGAAUGACGACGGAGAAGUAGCCAGCGUGGCAUAUGCAAUGCACGAGCAAGCAAGCGGCUGAAAAAUAAGCGGGAAAAACCCAUACAUUCACGUUAAGCGAUGUGAGUGAGGCACAGGCGAAGCAACGCCGAAAAAUAGCAUAAUUGUUGCUAAUUAGUGUGAGUGAAACAAUGCGGCAGUCAACAAGCAAUUGACACACUCACGAAGCAGUAAGCAAGUUGCGCUGGAACGAUUCCGAGAAAUGGAAAAAACCCGACGCGCAACAGAGAAUGCUGAUUGGCUGUGUAGGUCAAGCCGCACCACAGUCACACAAUAUACAUGCAAAUUUUUUACGGUAACCAAGCGACGCUGCACCAACGCAUCGAUCUGGACCACGAAGCAGUGGUUGAGAGAAUCGUUUGCAUGGCAUUCUGCGGCUUUCACUUAAACACAACGGUUUGGUUUUGAUUAUAGAAUACGUUUGUUCUUUGAGCAGCCAUUUUUGAUUUAUUACGCAUUUACGAAACGAUAUUGUGAAAUUCUCUAAAAAUCGUUGAAAUAGUGAAUUUACACGAAUAAAAAUAAGAAAAAAUAAGCAAUUUAAUUGUUUCUUGUGAAAAUAAAGCAUUUGAGCAAGGAAUUUCGACGCGAUAAUUUUUUGAAUCGAAUUUUGGUUUGUGUAGCACACUAAGCAGUAACAUUUCACUAAGCUGGUGAAAUUUGUGUUAAUCACAGCCUACUUGAAGCAAUAUUAACAAAAAUCAAGCCACAAAUUGUUUAGAAAUUUUUUCAAGCGGAGAUUUUACACCAGAAUAAGUGAUUUGUGGAUUUAUGUUUCAUGUCAUCGGAUGCACCGGGGCGAAUUUUGACGCGUAGACAAUCGAAGCUAAGCCAGCAAGUACAGUCAUCGGAGUUACCAAAAACACCUCGAAAAAGCAAGAGAGGAAAUACGUUGGCACGAAGCACGAUGUCAACAAAUCAACGACAAAUUUAUUCUGAUGCAAUAGUUGGCAUCAAUGAACAGGUAAUUGACACCGACCAAUUGAAUAACAUGAAUUCAUUCAAUUUGGAAGACACAUUGUCUAUGCUGGAAAUGGAAUGGUCGUCUUUUCGAAAUGAACAUUCGAAUGUCGUCGGAAGCAUCACUAACGCGGAUCAACUUGCACAGCAAGCUGCUGAAUAUAAAAAAGUCUCCAAGCUUUACUUGACAUCCCGAUCGGCAAUACGCGCUCGAUUGGAAGCAAUAAAACCAAAAGUGCCAACGGAGCAAAUGGAUGUAAGCAAGAUCCAGGUAACUGUAAAGCAGAAGGAAAAUGUGGACAUUCCCAUCACCUGGGGCCAUUUCGAGGAUGAUUGUUUGGAAUGGCCAAUUUUCCGUGACGGUUUCAAAUUCAUUCACGAAGAUCCGGAAAUGCCACCGGCACGCAAAUUCUAUCACUUGCAAAGAUCAUUGCGAGGCGAAGCCGCCCGUAUUCGUGGGAAACUUGGCAUGACUGAUACGAAUUAUCAAAUCGUUUGGGACCGGUUGGUCGAACGCUAUGAAGACGAUUAUUUGAUUGUCAAUACGCUGAUUACAAAAAUGCUCACAAUGAAACCAUUGCAAAAAGCAUCAAGCCAUGCUCUACGCUGCAUUCUCGACACAAUGCGUGAUUGUUUGGGUCGUCUCGAAGAUUAUUUUGACACGAAGACGUGGGGCCCAAUGUUGGUAUGCAAAGUACUGGGUGUACUGGAUAAAGAAACGAAAAAAGAGUGGGAAAAGCUGCGUCCAACACUCAAAGAAGAAGAUGAAGCAACAGAAGCCGCUGUUGGUCAAGAAAUCGGUGAGCAAGCAAAGCGCAAAAAUUGUAUUCCAUCGUGGAAGCAACUCGAACAAUUUUUGGAAAAACAAGCGAAAUUUUUGGGCCAUGCUGAAAGCUCAAAUAAUGCUGGAAAUGCGUCAUGCCAGAGUUCACGCGACACCAGUGCAUCACGAAAUACGGCUCACCAUCAACGCUCACAAGCAAGUGGCUAUGAACAUCAGCGGUCACAAGCAAGUGGCUAUGAACACCAACGGCCACAAGCUGGUGGCCAUGAUCGUGCCCCAAAACGCAAUGCGCAAUCGGGCCAAAAAGCCGAGCCACGAAUGGCGCCAGAUGGAAGCUGUCUUUUGUGCCGUGGUCCACAUUAUAUUUACAAAUGUGACAAAUGGUUGAACGAAAUGAAUUUGAUAGGCCGUCAAGAAUUCAUGCGUGCCAACAAUCUUUGCCCAAGCUGUUUAAGACCAAAUCAUGGUGAAAAUGAUUGUUUCCCACCAAAGCGCAACAGACCAUGCCCACAAUGUCCUGAGCGUCGAUUCCACAACAGCACAUUGUGCCCGACGGGUGAUAAAUUUCGUAAUGCAGCGAUAAACCAAGCAAGCGCAGGGCCCUCAAAGGGCAAGUCAGAAGCAUGACUAGGCAUGAGUGGCAAUUACGGCGGACGGGAUGUCGUUCGCUAUUGGGACAUGUACAAAGCAGAUGAUGAUUCAUGCCCACCACCACAAAAGAAAGCAAAAAUUGAACAAUCAAAAUCAUCACGCCAAAUCGUCACAUCAACUGUCCAAAGAGCUGGCGAUUGGCAGGUGUCAUUGAAUGACAAACCAAGCAAAGCAAAGUCGGAUGACGAUUCAGAUGACGAACGUUGGCGAGCAAGCGGCCGUCAAAAGUUCUCGUCAGAGCGAUAUGUGACACAGGCGCCCAAGCGGGCCUAAUUACAGUUUCAGCAGUAAAAGCAAAUGCAUUACCAUUAAAACAAUGUGCCCGGUCAAUGAAUGGUAUUGGUGGAAAAUCCACAAUGACAAGGAAAUUACAAGCGUAUAUAUUACCAUGGUUUCAAAGCGACUAUAGAUUAUACACCGAAUUAUUCGUAAGCAGCGAAUUCGGUGGUCUUCAACCAUGGGUUUCAUUAAGUUCCAUUAAGCCAGAAUCGAACGAAUUCACACUCGCCGAUCCAAAUUUUGAUCAACCUGCGCCGGUUGAUAUAUUGUUAUCGUGUGAUGUUUGGAGUGAAAUCGUUGGGAAUUUAACAUAUCGUCAUGUCGAUGGCCCGAUUAUGCACGAAACAAUAUUGGGACACGUUAUAUUAGGCAAAGUGUUCCUACCCAUAGAAGCAUUCCAAGCUGGAAUAUACCAAGCCGCCAUACUCCCAGAACAAGAGCAAGCGCUCGAAAAAGAUUCUAUGCCAGAGCAAGCGCUCGAUAUAUUAAUAAAGCAAUUUUUUGCGAUCGAAGAUGUUCCAGAAAUCGAAUCGCAACGAACAAAGGGAGACAAUGCAGUCGAACAAAUGUACAAGGAGACAGUCCGUCGAAAGCAAGACGGAUCAUACAUAGUGAGAAUUCCAUUCAAAUCUGGUAAAGCACUAGGAGAAUCUCGAAAAAUUGUGAUGCGUAGAUUUUUCACAUUAGAGAAAAAACUGCAAGCUAACCCAGUGCUAAGAACUAAAUAUAUCAAAUUCAUGCGCGAAUUCAUUCAACUUGGCCACAUGCGGGAAGCACCACCGAUUAAGCCAGAUACUGUAAUAAAUUACAUCCCACACCAUAGCAUAAAUGCCGAUAAAUUUAGGUCAGUAUUCGAUGCAUCAUGCAGAACAUCGAAUGGCCAAUCAUUGAACUCAAUCCAGCUGAUUGGGCCGAAGCUACAACUUGACAUUCAUUAUCAUUUGAUGCGGUUCAGGAGAUUUCGAUACGCUGUCGUCACCGAUGUGGUGAAAAUGUUCCGACAAGUAAGCAUAGACCAAUCUCAAUGGGAUUUGCAGCGGAUUUUUUGGCGUGAAGCACCCGACCAACCGUUGCGAGAAUACCAAAUCACUGUUGUAAUCUAUGGUUUGGCCGCCUCACUUUAUCUUGCGGUCAGAUCAAUGAUUCAAUGCGCGGAAGACUAUGGUAAGGAAUAUCCUGAAGCUGCAGAGAUUAUUCGAAGGUCAUUUUAUGUAGAUGAUGGUUCCUUCGGGGCAGACUCGAUAGCGGCAUUGAAGCUACUAUGCAAAGAGGUCGAGUUUGUUCUAGGCCAAGGUGGUUUUAAGCUUGGAAAAUGGGUGUCGAAUAGCGCAACGGUAGAAAAGCACAUGCAAUUUGAAACAAACGAGGAUGUUGAGUUGGGAAGGUCAGAAUCAGAAGCUAAAAUUCUCGGCCUGAGAUGGAUGAAAGAAACGGAUGAAAUAGCCAUAGUAGUGAAGCAAAUAGAAGCAAACGUCAAUGAUACAAAGCGUAAAAUCGUAAGCGGGAUAAUGAAGCUCUUUGAUCCAAAUGGUUUCGUGGCACCAGUCAUCGUUGUGGCUAAAAUGAUCAUGCGUGAUAUUUGGAAGCACAAGAAGCUGUCAUGGGACAAAGCGGUACCGGUAGAUAUUGGCCAACGCUGGGUCGAAUUCGUGGAUGGAUUGAAUAAGCUAAAUGAGUAUCGCAUUCCACGGUGGCUAUCUAUUUAUAAGCAAUCAAAGGUGCAAUUGCAUGGCUUCUGUGAUGCAAUCAAAUAUUGCAUUGGGGCUGCAGUAUAUACGCGUGUUACUUGCGGCGAGAGAGGUGUUGCGUGCACGUCAUUAUUAGUUGCAAAAUCAAAAGUGUCAUCAGAAGAGCGAACCAUCACGCGUAUGGAAUUAUUAGCUGCUCUACUGUUAAGCAAACUCAUGACUCAAGCAGCACAGGCAUGUGAAUUCGAAGAUGCAGAAAAGUUUUACUGGUCAGACUCAACAGUGGCAUUAUAUUGGAUCAAGCGAUCGCCCCUUGAAUUAAAGCAAUUUGUAGGCAACCGUGUACAAGCGAUACAAGAAUACACAAGAGGAAGCACAUGGUCACAUAUUUCAGGCAAAACCAAUCCAGCUGACCCCAUAAGCCGUGGAAUGAAGUUGGAUGAUUUUGUGAAAAGCGAAGUAUGGAAGAAUGGGCCAGAUUGGCUCAGCAAAAAGCAAAGCGAUUGGCCGAAACCGAUUUUGUCAUUCACACCACAAGAAAAAGUGGAAAUUAGCAGAGAGGUGAAGCCAAAAGUCAAUUUGAUUCUCUCAACUAGGAUGACGAAUGUGGUCGACCAGUUUCGUGAAUUAUGGUAUCGCUCAAAUGACUGGAAAAAAAUUCUCCGGAUUACAGUAUAUGUGCUGCGUUUCAUCGCUAAUUUACGCAUGAAAGAUCGUAUGAAAUGGAUUAAGCAUGAGCCAAAGCCGGAUGAAAUAAAAAAUGCAAUUAUUUUCUGGGUAAAAUAUGCACAACUCAGAGCAUUCAAGCAGGAAGAGCAAGCGCUAAAACAAGCAAACCCUGCAGCAGCAAAGAAGAGCAAAAUAAUGGCAUUGCAGCCAAUUUUCGACAAAGCUGGUGUCAUGAGAAUCGGAGGUCGAAUCAGCAAAGCUAAUGCAGAAUGGACGAAAAAUCAUCCGAUCAUCAUACCGCCUAGAUCAAGAUUAUCAUAUCUCCUGAUUCAAGAUGCACACCAGGAGACAUUACAUGGAUCCAUACAGAUUAUGAUGGCAUACAUUCGCCAAUCAUACUGGAUUCCGCAACUGCGCUCCGAAUGCCGGACGAUUAUAUCGCAAUGCGCGAGAUGUGCACGAUACGCAAAGAAAACGGCGAAGCAAAUUAUGGCAGAGCUGCCAGCAGUUCGAAUAAGGCCAGCGAGACCAUUUAAUGCGGUUGGAAUCGAUUUGGCCGGUCCAUUCAAUGUUAAGCUGACGGACAAAAUCAAUCUAAGCACACGGUCCAAAGCAAGCAUUCCAGAGAUAAAAGGAUACAUAGCGGUAUUUGUAUGUAUGGUCACGCGGGCCGUUCAUCUUGAAGCAGUUAUGGAUCUAACCGGUGAAGCAUUUUUACAAGCAUACAAAAGAUUCGUUGCACGAAGAGGUAACCCUGAAAAAGUAUUCAGCGAUAAUGGCACGAAUUUAGUUGCAGCGGAUAACAUACUGAGGAAUGCCGUUGAAACAUGGCAAGGCGCCGAAAUUCAAAAUUUUAUGCAUUGGAAUGGCUCAAGCUGGAGUUUCAUCACACCAGGUGCCCCGCACGAAGGCGGGCUAUGGGAAGCAGCGGUAAAAGCGAUGAAGCAUCAUCUAAGACGCGUGAUAGGUGUACAAAAAUAUUCCUACGAAGGUAUAUCAACGCUGAUUGCCUGUAUUGAAGCUUGUCUGAACUCGCGUCCCCUUUGCGCGCUUUCGGACGACCCCAAUGAUACUGAAGCCUUAACACCAGCGCACUUUUUAAUUGGUGGCCCGCUAAAAUUGCCACUGCCAGAAAGGUGUGAUACGCCGCCACGAAUGGCAAAAAGCCUUUAUAAAGCAAUUCAAGCGCAAACUCAAGCUUUCUGGGAAACUUGGUCAAAUGAUUGUCUGCACGCAAUGAUGAAUCGACCAAAAUGGCGCGAAGCCCAACAAAACCUUAAGCAAGGCCAAUUGGUACUAAUAAAAAAUGAAAACCUCCCACCCACAUACUGGGCCAUGGGUAGGAUAAUUGAGGUGAAUGCGGCAAGAGAUGAUAAAGUACGCUCUGUAAAGCUGCAGAUGCAAAAUGGAAUUUUGGAACGCUCCAUACGUAAGCUGUGUGUACUUCCUACUGACGAAAUUAGUGAUUUUUGGGUUGAGAAUAAAUAAUUCUCAACGGGGGGACUGUUCGAUACAGUCAACCGGUAUACAGUAAGCUGCUGUAUACCGUUCAACAGAUCGAGAAAAAGAAGAGUACACACGCACAACACACAACGCACACCAAUACAAUUUCAACCGGCACAACAAAAACCAGGAGAGGCUCUGUGCGGUCCGUUUAGUAAUAAGAGAUUAAAAUAUGAUAAAUGUCAGUCUGAAACAAGCGUUAGAAUAAACAACAACCAAAAAUGAGAACUCUACGUCUUUUAUUUCCCUUCUUUAACA